CAUUAAAUGCUCGAUUAAUAAUAGCGUGUUCAGUGUCAACGUUAUUAUUGCGUCCCUUGGCUACCAGACGUCCCAGUCAAAAAUCAACGCCUGAUCAACUCGAUGUGUAACGGACGCUCAUCAGCCAUUAGCCCGUCUAAGAUAUUGUCGAAAAUAAAACCGGACGAUCUACCGGGACAGAUUGACAGUUAUUAGUGGACAGACUGGGCAUCUUUUUAGGACAAUCGUUGACCGUACAUCUGUGCAAAUUUGUUUCAUUAUUCUUACUUUUGGCACCGUGAAAAAUUGAUAAACGUUAUAUAAAAGCGUUGACAAACGUUACGUCAAUACAAGAUGGCAACCACUGAAGCGAUGGAAAAUCUCAGCGCAAUCCUGCACGGCAAGCACGAUCUCCGGCUGGAGAAAUCACCCAUUCCUGACCCGUUAGACGAUGAUGUUCUGCUGCGGGUAGCCUCAGUGGGGAUCUGCGGAACGGAUUUGCAUUUUUGGCACGAAGGGCGAACAGGCCGAUUUAUUGUUACUGAGCCUGUCGGUCUCGGACAUGAGACAAGCGCGUAUGUCACAAAGGUUGGCAAAAAUGUCAAGCACCUCAAAGUUGGGGACCGAGUGGCUAUUGAACCAAAUUUGACGUGUCGGAAAUGCGAAUUCUGUAAGCGUGGUACUUACAACCUUUGUCCCACAAUCAGUUUCGUUGAGGCCUCACCAUACAGAGGACAUUUUCGAAAAUAUACUCUGUCGAAGGCCGAUCUCGUUUUCAAGGUGGCGGAUCAUGUUAGCAUGGAAGAGGCUGCCUUAGUAGAACCAUUUGCCGUUGCAAUACAGGCCUGCAAACGGGGCAACGUUCAAGCAGGCCAGAAGGUUCUUGUGUGUGGGGCAGGACCGAUCGGCUUGCUAUGCAUGUGUGCUGCACGAGCUUAUGGGGUCGACAACAUUGUUCAAACCGAUAUCAUUGAACCAAGACUGAAAACUGCCAGAAGUAUGGGAGCCAAUCACACGAUUAACGUGUCCGAUUUGAAACCCGAGGAAGUCGCCAAACGGGUUGAGGAACUGUUGGGAGCGCAACCCGAAAUCACUUUUGAAUGCACGGGAAACGAGCUUUGCUUGCAAACUGCCGUUUACGCCACAAAACCGGGAGGUUCCGUUUUGGUCGUUGGUAUGGGAGCACUUAUGAGCAAAGUGCCCAUCAUGGAAGCCGUCGUUAAGGAAAUUGACAUUAAGGGUAUUUUCUGCUACGCGAACUGUUAUCCCACGGCAGUUUCACUGAUAAACUCGGGCAAAGUAAAACUCUCUCCGAUGAUUACUCAUCGCUAUCCACUAGAGAGGGUAGUGGAAGCGUUUGAACACGCACUAAGCGGCUGCGACGGCGCGAUCAAGAUCACGGUCAACUGCUACAGGCCGUAAACAUUUCAUCAAGAAUAUGCCCGCCGCCCCUUCACAGCUCGUGGUAUACCAUGCAGUCUAUGGCAAUUGCAAAUAAGAAACACUAUUUUCAAUAAAGUGUUAACUACUGGAAAA